AUGUCCAUCCCGAACACGGCACAUUCCAACGUAUUCGUCUACGGCACGCUCAAACGAGAGAUGUUCAAUCAUAAAAUACUUGCAGAAGGCGUAAACAGCGGCAAAUUUAUCGGCGUCGGAGAGACGUCAAAAGCAUUCAAGUUUUCUCUUUUGCUUUCAAGCUAUGGAUUUCCAUAUCUCAUUCAAAACGAAGAAGGAGACGUGUCUUCCUCGAACACGGCCGUGAGAGGCGAAGUAUACACCGUAAACGAAGAAAAAUUAGCAGAGUUAGACAUUUUAGAAAACAUAGCGUCGGGUUUGUACAAAAGAAGCGUGAUUGAGGUGGAGUUAUUGACCGACGAAAACGAUGAGAAAAUCCCAGUUGAACAGGGGGAAAAGAAUAUUCUGUUAGCCUUUGCCUACAUCGCAGGCGACCAAGAAGACAAGAGUGAUUUACCGCGGAUAGAAGAGUACACGAAAGAAAUUCACGACGAGAAAUACGUGCCAAAAGGCUCGCGACCCGGGUUUUGGUAG